GGCCAUGCGGGCGGUUCGGCCGUGCGCGGUGUGCGGGGCGGACGGCGCCGCCAAAUACCGCUGUCCGCGCUGCGCUGCCGCAUACUGCUCCGUGCCGUGCUGCAAGGCGCACAGAGAGCAAUGCGCGCCGCAGAGGGAACCGCCGGCGGAGGAACGGGCGGCGCAGCGCGGCUCUCCUGCGGACGGCGCGUGGUCUGUGGCCGACAUACUGACAGAGGAGGACGAGCAGGACCGCGUCCCGCUGCAGAAACUCCGGCUGCUGGGAGAAUCAGAAGAACUGAGAGGUUUGCUGCUGAACCCACACCUCAGGCAGCUGCUGCUGACCAUUGACCAAGCAGAAGACAAAAGCUCUCUCAUGAAAAAAUACAUGCAGGAGCCACUCUUUGUGGAGUUUGCAGAUUGCUGCUUGAGGAUUGUGGAACCCCCAGAGAAGGAGAACAUUAUUCCUGAUUCACAAGGCUGAGAUUCAUCCACUGGAUUACAGAAUUGAAUGUUCCCAAGAUGGAGAAGGCCUGACAAUACCUGCAAGAUAAUCAAGCACGGGGUUUUCUAAAACAGAGCUCCAAGGCAUUGUCCUCUUGGCCUGGCCACAUCAACAGGGCAAAUCAAAACAUUUCUGUACAAAACAAACAAAAAAAAACAACACAAAGGAAGAAGAUUCCAAGUUUCUACAAUAAUUCCUCGUGCAGCAUUACUGAAAGAAAUCUACAGUUCACAGCUGCAGGCUUUUGGUUAAAAACUAAUAUUUGGUUAUGCAACCUAAUGUGUAGCUGCAGCCAUUCCAGGCAGCAUUGCCAAACAACCCAUGGACAUCUGGACACGUCUACAGAAGCAGAUGUACAUCAAUCCCAAUGCUAAAAAGACAUUAUAAGCAUUGUCAUGAGCUUUGUGGUGACCAUGCAUUAUACCUGACCUUGAAAAUAUUGUUCUGAGUGGAGUGGUCAAUGCCCAAGUGAAACAUUGCAUCUCUGGUCACCUCGAAGCAGUCCUCUGAAAAGCCAAACAGGUGUUACUCAGUAAGAAAGCCAUGCACACAGAGGCAUGCAGAACAAUCUCUUCCACGUCCAGUUCAGCUGGAAUUGUCAGAAGAGAUCGAGGAAACCAGCUGUUAUUUUGGUAAAUCCCAAACCAGAGUUGGAGAAUCAAAUCACAGAUUUGCUGCUGACUCUGGGGCUGUGAAGAUGGGCAGCAGGCUGCUGAAGUGCAUCCAAAGACAAGGUGGUUUUAAACGUAACCACAGAGCAAUGCAAAUUUGCUGGGCCAGAAACUGCAGUUUCAAGUCAGGUGAAAACUAUUAGCAGUGCAAACUGAAACUUAAAACUGAAUCACAUUAAUGCAGAUGGCUUUGCAAAAUCUGCUGUGGUCAGGCCAGGAGAGUGCUGGAUGACUAACCUGGGUCACAGGACUUAGUGAGACAGAUGCAUUUUUACCUGCCUUCCCUCAGUGUCACAUCUGUUAUUGAUGGACAGUUUGUGAAACUAAUCUUUACCCUCUAAGUUUCUUUCAGAAUUUGGCAGCCAGCGGUAGUCAGCCCCUUCUGGAAGGUUCCAUGCCAGUCUCUCCUCUGCAGUGGCACCUUUUGUGAUCUGAAGACAAAAUAAAGUAAUGAACAGACUCUGCCCUGGGUGUUCACAUCUUGUAGAUGGGGAAUAAUAAUUGACUGGGAGUACAGAUUAAUUUGGAAGCAUGGCAGACAGAUGAACUGUUAAAUACUGGAAGUUACAACUGUGCUAAAUCUGGUGAUUUCACACUCAGUGUUUCUCAGAAACAUUUAGCAAAACUAACUGAACACAAACCUGAUAAAAUAUAUGAAAGUUUCUUUCAUUGGGGGCCUGAUAGGCAACUCUUGUCUUCUCCAAAAGGAAAGUCUGAAUGGAAGCACUACUCAGAUGGUGAAACCUAGAGGGAAUAAAUAGGCAAAAGAGCAGAUUUUAACAAAAUGCCCCUCAUCAAAUUUAGAGGGAGACCACAGACAAGCUAUCUAAACAGUAGUUAUUACCUGUCCAAGUGAAGCUGAAUAUAUUUCCCAAAACGGCUGCUGUUGUUAUUCCGCAGCGUACAUGCAUUUCCUGUGAAAUUACCACAGACAUACAUCAUCAUCAGUGGUUUUACUCUGUUUUACUCUUCCAUGUAGGACAUACAGACAUUAAAAGUUGAUUUGUAUACAGUUCCACUAUUUGAAGAUUUUGUCUUUUAAGGAGAGGAAGCAAGAGGUAGCUUAAAUUUGUACAUUAAAAAAGAAAAUUCCCACCGUGGCCACUACUUGUCCAUGCUGUUAAGAAAGCUGCUUUUACCAAAUGCUUCCAUGAUAGGGUUGGAAUCCAACACUCUCUUCUCUAUCCGUUCCACAGCUUCAUUGCCUUUUGGGGAGGUAACAGAAGCAGCAACAGAAGCAUAAAAUUUCAUAAGGCAGCGAGAUGUCCAGGUCUGCAAGAGAAAACAGGCCUUUGUCCUUACCAUGUUAUGUCAGUUAGUGAAACAGUGCUGGCUUCUGAGAACACAGUAUGCAUCUGGUGACAAUGGAGAGCAAUGGUGUCAGGUUUAUAGCUCCAGCUCAGCCAAAACUUUUUGUGCAUCAGCUGAUGCGCAACAGAUACACAUGUAAAUCCUACUGGAAUCAAAGUGCUUUGCUGAAUGGCAGCUUUACCAAGAUGUAACCAUCUGGAAGCUUAGCUGGAAGUAAUAGCUAGUGUCUUAAGAUGAAUUGAAUAUAAACAGACUUUGAGUCACUAACACUCAGCAAACCAUGUUCUCAGUCUUAAAAAUAUUCUCAAGUGUUUUGCUGAAUAGGAAUGGAUAUUACAGAGGGAGCUAGGACAGGGUCUGACCUCUCCUGCCUCUUAAGGGUUUGCUGAGACAUGACCUUCCUAACUGACUAAGCUGAGACUUCAACUCAGGUGCAACUCCUACUGAAGGAUUCAAAUCCAGCCCUUCCACAAGUGGCAGAUGUCACCUAGAAAGCAGUUACUGUGAGUCUACUUGACUGUGGCGACCAUUUAAUGCUUUAUGCAUAUGUCAGGAGAGUCUUGCUAGAGCAGGCUGGCUACGUGCUCCGUCUUCUUUGCUCACUGAAGUAUUCUGCACUACAAAUCACUACCAAAUCUCAAACAAUAAAAGCAAUGUCAGGUCAACAGAAAACAAUCUCCUUACCUUCCCAGCACCACUUUCUCCACUAACAAUGAUAGUCUGGUUUAUGGGGUCUAUCUGGCUUUGAACAUUUCUGUAGGUUUCUUCGGCCACUGCAAAGAUGUGAGGUUUUAAAUCCUGGCAGCAAAGCAGAAUAUUCAUGUUUAAGAGAACAGUAAUUACAUAGUUCUACAGCAAUGGACAGCAAGGAUUUCUUGCAUUUGUCUGAAAGUAGAACUCAUAUUUCAGUAGAAAUGGGCUUCAUCAUUCAGAAUUAUUUUGCUCACACAGAGAUUUUGAAGAGCCUGAAAUCUGGGUCCUGCAGGAGGACAGGGAUUUCAAAUACAAGGAUUACCUGGGGGCGAACAGCAACGUGGUACUCUCUCAUAAGCUCAGGUGAAUAGAGGCAGGAGAUGGGUUGAAAUGGAUUUAAAGCCACCAGGCUGCAGCCAGCAUUUGUAUAAAAUAAGUUUGCUGUGUAUCUUGCUUGAAGACAUUUCAGAACUGAAAGAUACACCUCCUAUUAGCGUAUUUUGAAAAAUGUAUUUGACUCUUCCUGUUUGUAACAAAAAUCUUCAGAUAUGUUAUCUGUUAUGAUUAACAGAGAAUGAGAAGGUGAGCAGGAGAAACCUAUAGAUCUAAUAUACAUAAUUAUGCCUUUAAAAGUUGCCCUUGUUCUUAAGAAGCUUAAGUACUUUGACUCCACAAUUCAUUAAAUCGCAUGCUUUUAUGAGCUUGUACACAGCACAUCCUAGAAAGCAAAGCUGUACAUUUGCAGAGCAGAGCCAGUCAUUCCCCAUCUGCACAAGAAAGAUGCCUUAGCUUGUCUCAGCAGGGCCAUCUUUAAAAGCCAAGUGAGGAAUUCACUUUUCCAAACCAAUUUUAUGGACAUAUGUUGAAUCUACAUCGGAACCUUAUUUCCUGAUACGUUCAUAUGAAACUGAACUGCAAUCACAAGGUCAUGCAGGAGCAAUCCGGUGCCAUAAACUCUCAACCAAACACUGGCUACCUAAACCAACAGUACAAAUGUGAGUUUGGCAUGCAAAGCUUGCUGAGAGAUCAGUAUGGCUAAAUCUGCAAUAAAAGCG